UUAAGGUACUUCCAUCCGGAUGCAAAAUCUUUCUCAGGAAGUCCCCAAACUGCCAGCCGGCAGCUGGGAGGGACAUCGGGAAGCACAUCUUGUUUCUCCUGCUCUUCCCGUUGAUGGUCCCCUGGUCAGCAGCAUCCCGGGGAGAAGAUGGCUCAGCCGGCACCCCUGAACCAGAACCUCCCAGAUCUUGGGGGCCCAUUCUUGUACCGGGACCAGGACGACGGGGAGAAGAGCUCAUAUUCCGUGGAAACCCCCUAUGGCUUCCUGCUGGACCUCGAUUUCCUGAAAUAUGUCGAUGACAUUGAAAGUGGCCAAACGCUCAAGAAAGUGCCGCUGCCUCGCAGGGCGAAGGGGUCUCGUCUGCCGCCCAGCGCCCUGCGCAGCCCCAGCAGCCACACCAGCACCUGGACCUCCACCGAGUCCCUCACCUCCACCGCCAGCGAGGACGGCAGGACCGCGCUGCUGCUGUCCCCGCACGGCCGGGCACCCCUGGAGCCCCCGAGCAAGCCAACCUCCCACCCCGUCUCGCCACCACCGGUGCGGCUGCUCCCACCCCCCACCCGCAAGUGCCUCCUGCGAAACCCACGGGUGGAGAAGACCUUGCUGGAGACGAGCAGGAGGCUGGAGCAGGAGCAGGGCCACUUGCAGGAUGCGGGCGGUCCCCCCCGCGGCGCCCUGAGCCAGCCACCCCGCUGGGUGCCGGCGGGCGCCGAGGGGCAGGGGGGCUGGGGCCGGGUGAGCCCCGGCAGCUCCGGGCGCAGCACCCCGGCGGCAGGGCUCGGCACGGCCCCGCUGCAGCACGUGCGGGAGCAGAUGGCCGCGGCCCUGCGGCAGCUCCGGGACCUGGAGGAGCAGGUGAAAACCAUCCCCCUCCUGGAGAUGCAGAUCUGCGAGCUGAAGAGGGAGAAGGCGAAGCUGCUGGAGAAGCUGUCGGCAGAGCCUGGCGAGGCGUUGGACCACCCCCCUGGCUCUGAGGCAGGGGCAGGGGGUGAGGAACCGCCCCGAUCAGGGCUGGAGAGUGAAGCGGAGCCAGCCAAGGGGCGAGCGAGCAAGAUUGCGGAGCUGAGGAAGCUGACGGAGAAGCUGGCGGUGCCGGAGCGGGGAGUCAGGGCUUGGCCAGGCAGGAGCCCCAGGGUGGCUGAUAGGCUGUGCCGCUCCGUGGCGGUGGGCGAGGACCGGGCCAUGACAGAUGCCGUCUUCUACUACCGGUCGCAGCAGGAGGGUGGUGACACACCGGAUGGCGGGGCACGGGAACGCAGGGAUGCGGCUGUCUGGGUGCUGGAGUCAUCGCUGGGGCUGGCCAGCGAGGCGGAGCGGGAGCUGGAGCUGCUGCAGCAGACGGUGGGGCACCAGAAGGAGGUGAUUGCCCUGAUGGAGGGGCACCUGCAGGAGGCCACGCGGGAGCUGGAGGAGCUGCGGCUGGAGGUGUGCGCCCGCCGGCCCCGCGGGCUGGUGGACAAGGAGGUGACGGCCAAGCCGCAGGUGGCCGAGGCGCUGGUGGAGGCCGCGGUAGCGACACAGAGCCGGGCAGCCGGUGACCCCCCGGAUACGGCGGAGGCGGGCGUGGAGUGCUGCCCCCCGACCACCUGUGUCGGGGUGAGCUGCCGCCCCGACGGGCGGGACGUGGCGGUCGGGCCUGACUCGGCUGCCAGCUGCAACGACAAGGGCAGCCAGACCGACGUGGGCAGCGUUGUCCUGGUGGGAGGACAGAAGGAGCCUGGUGCAGGCAAGGAGGCAGAGCCUGGGGGGGACAAGGAGGUGGAGCCUGGUCCAGGCAAUGGCCCGAGCAGCCUUUCAGUGCAGGGCAUGGGAGCAACGGAGGGGAUGUGCCCAGGCAGCCUGGCCCCCAGACCAGCUGUGCUGGACAUGACACACAGCAGCCAGGAAACGUCCCCAGCACGGGACAGUGGAGCCACCCCAAGCCCUGCAACCGGAGCCCUGAAGUCCAUCAUGAAGAAGCGGGAUGGUCCCCCCCGCAGCGAGGCAGAGGGCAGCAAGAAGAGCCUGCAGUUUGUGGGCGUGCUGAACGGGGAGUAUGAGAGCACAUCCAGUGAGGAGGAAGAGGAAGAAGGUGACAGCUCCUCUGAGAAGGGUUUGGGCGACAGCUCUGACAGCUCGGAGCAGGGAGACACCGAAACCUCGGAGGAGGAGGCCGGGGAAGGCGCGUGUGAGACAGGACAGGAGUGUCAGGGGACUGACGUGGCCCUGCCAGAGCCACCCGAGGUGAAGGAGAAGUUCGAGCUGAGCCCCAGGAUGCGGGAGGCCUGUCUCAUCGUCAAGACCCACCUGGGCCACCCCGGUGCCACCAAGAGCAAAGAGGUGCUGGCCAGCAGCAGCCUGGUCCUGCAGGAGUGGUUCCGUCUGUCCAGCCAGAAGUCGUCCGUCCCCGACACUGUUGCCAACCACCUCCUGGCGUUUGCCGAGGUCUCACCGGCUCUCCUGGCCCACGUGGUGAACCUGGCAGAUGGGAACGGCAACACGGCCCUGCACUACAGCGUCUCCCACUCCAACUUCCACAUCGUGCGGCUGCUGCUGGACACGGGGAUCUGUAACGUGGACCACCAGAACAAGGCCGGGUACACCGCCCUCAUGCUGGCAGCGCUGGCGGCUGUCGAGCAGGAGGACGACAUGAACGUGGUCCGGAGGCUCUUCAGCAUGGGCAACGUCAACGCCAAGGCCAGCCAGGCUGGCCAGACUGCGCUGAUGCUGGCUGUGAGCCACGGCCGGCAGGAGAUGGUGGAGGCCCUGCUGGCCUGUGGGGCCGACGUGAACCUGCAGGACGAGGAGGGCUCGACGGCGCUGAUGUGCGCCUGCGAGCACGGCCGCGCCGAGACCGUGAAGCUGCUGCUGGCUCAGCCCACCUGCAACGUCUCCAUCGUGGACAGCGAUGGCAACAGCGCCGUGGCCAUCGCGCUGGAGGCCGGUCACAGUGACAUCGCUGCGCUCCUCCACGCCCACCUCAAUGGCACGAAGGCUCAGCUGCCCCAGGCGACAUCACCGACAGCCACGAAGAGCCCUGGGAGUCCAAAGAAACCAAAUUAGAGUGACCUUGGGAUCCAGCCAGCGGCCACCAUCAGCACUGGGCUGCGAUUCAUGUCCCCUCGCCUCCCACCCCUCUGUGCCAAAUUGCUCUCUGCAGCUUUAGUCCUGUCACUAGCGCUGUCCCUGAGCCUCCCUCGCCCUUCUCCACCCAAACGUGGCCACCUCGCUGCACCAAGUGACAGGAGCCAAGCAUCAAGUGACCUCGGGACGGGACAUGCAGGGAGCAGAAGUCACCCCAUCCCCUCUGCUCCCUGCCAUGACCACCACAGCUGCACUGCCUCGGAGCCCUCUGCAAGGAGGGAACAGCAGAGAACAAACCCAGCAGAACCAGCCCCUGGUUUGUGCUCUCUGGCAGCAGUGCUGGUGACACAGAGCCAGGAGGGCGAGUGACACUCCUGGCCCUGAGCAGGGUCGCAGUGCUGUGCAGGAUGUUGGGAAGAGGGGACACCAGCUGGUCAACGCUGCCUUGGAUGUGGGCUGGGAGCACUUCCAGACUGACAUACUUGCUGCCCUUCUUUUCUGGCAUUUCCUUUCCUGGCUGAAAUCUGUUUUUUUUUUCUUUUUUCUAGCACAUGCACACAAAGCAAAAAAAUUAUAUUGCUUGGCCAAAGGAUGGAGUUCCACAUGAAAUCACUCGGGAUUUGUUCAAUGGGAGCAAAAUCUCUGAGCAGUUGGGGCUGCAGCCAAGUGACAGAAGGGGCUUAGGGCCAAGGAUGUGUUUGGGGACUGAGCCUGUCCAGCUAAUACCCCACAUGGGGUCCUUCUCCCAGAGGAAAGAAAGCAAUUGCCUCCUAAACAUUUCCCCGUUUAACCAGUCCCACAGACUAUGCAAACAGCCAGAGCCCACAGCCCAGUCCCUCUCUGCCCACUUUCCAUCCCAAAGGGCAGGAGAGAGCUGAGGACAGUGUCAGGAAAAACAGAUGGGCCAGAAGAGCUCAGAGCACACAGGUAGGGCCUGUGGAGGGGAACACGUACGUCAGAGAACGUGUGUCUUUGCAAGUGUGAGUGCAAUGUGGGGUGGGAACAGGGUAAGGAUAAGGACCAGGAGGAAAAAGGGUUUUGCGUGGGAAAGCAGCUCUGCUCUGAGCCCUUCACAAAGGUAACCUGUCACAGCCCCCAUUCCUGCUCCUUGGCCCAGCCUCCCCCUAACACUUCUGCCCCUGCCAGGCCUGGUCUGAGCUGGGAAACAUCCCCUAAAGAAACUAUAAAUCUCCCCCCCAAAACUCCCUCUGGGCACCACACUGCUGCCCUCUUGGUGGGCCCGUCUCAGCUUUGCACUGGAGUUAUACACAGCGCUCACUGCCACUCUCUAAUACACUACUCUGUUUACUGCUAUUUUAAUACUGGUGUUUAUUUUUAAGAUAUAAAUAAAAUUUAAAGUUAUUUUGAAAUAUUACAGUGA